AUGUAAGGAUUAAACAAUUAAAACUACAAUCCUGUUGUAAGACCAAAAACAUUAAUUUGUUACAUUUGUGGAAGGGAGUAUAAGAAAUUGGUUAUUUAGGUAUGGAACAAAAAGUUUAGAGAUACAUCUUAAGACUUGCCAAGAAAAGUUUCUUAUGGAAGAAGCUAAAGUAAAGUUAAAUUUGUCAUUUUUCAUAUUAGAAACCAAAAAACCAGAGGAGACCAUUACCACAACCUCCAAAAGCUUUAGGUGGAAGCGGAAAUUAUGACACAGAAUCGUAUAAUGAUUAAGCUUUUAAUGCAUAUAAAGAAUAGAGUCUUGAGAAAUGUGCAUAUUGUGGCAGAACGUAAAAGAAUUUGAGUUAUCCUUAGUUUCAAUCGAGAAAGCUAUCCUAUCCAUUUAAAAAUCUGUAAACCUGAUAAACCAUUUAAACCUCUUCCUGGAUUUGUUUAAAACCCUAAAGAAGUCCAGUAACAAAUGAAUAGAGAUAAUGGAGGAACUCAAUAAGGAAAAUCAAAUUCUAAUGGUUAUUCAGGAGAAUAUAAGGUUCCUGCAAGACCAAAGACUUUAGUGUGCUAUAUCUGUGGAAGAGAAUAUGGUACUAAGUCUUUGGGAAUUCACAUACCUUAAUGCAAAGAAAUGUUUAUGGUGUAGGAAAUGAAGAAACCAAAAGGGGAAAGAAGGAAUCCUCCAACAACUCCAAGAGGUUUGUGGGAUUUAUUAAAUAAGGAAGAUAUAACUAUGGAAGACAUUGUGGCUUAUAAUAAUGGAGUAUUUAUAUAUGUUCUAUGAUUUAAAGGCGUUUAAUAAAUACAACAAGGAAGCUUUAGUUGCAUGUAAAAACUGUGGUAGAACUUUCAAGCCUGAGGCAUUGGAGCAUCAUAUAAAGGCUUGCACUGCUGAUAAUCCAUUCAAAGCUCUGGAUUCUGUUGAAGAAGGAGGUUAAGUUGAAUUAGUUCCUUGUAAGAAAUGCGGAAGGAAAUUCUUGCCAUCCAGAGUUGAAAAACAUGAAAGCAAUUGUAAAGAUAUAAAGGGAGCCUAAUAAACAUAGACGAAUGGAAUUUAGAAUUAAAAAUAAGAAUUAUAAUAAUAAAAAUAAUAAUAAAAUUAGAAUUCAGAAAAUCCAUAAUAAAAUCAAAAAUAAUAAACUAAUUAAAUUUAAAAAUAGUAAAGUUUCUCAAAAACAUCAGUUAAUUUUAAUGAUAAAAGUUUAAAAUGUAAAUAUUACGUACAUUAUUUAGGUUAUAAAUGUUUUUAAGAUUGUAAUUCUAUUGAAGAUCUGAAGUAACACGUGAAGAAUUGCAAAAAUCAAGGAACAAAACCUUAAAUCUAUGAUGAUUUGGUAUAAAUUCCAAAUCCAUCAUAAGCACUUUAAACCCUUUAUAGGAGUUCUGUUUUUGAAAACUUUAAAAAAAUUGAAAACAAAUCAAAUCCUCUUGGAUAAUAAGAACAACAGUCUAAAUAAUAAUCUUAAUCAUAAAAAUAGCAAUAAAAUGAGAAUAAUGAUUUUGAUGAAGAUCAAGAGGAUUAAUAAGAUGGUAUUGAUUUAAUUACAUGUGAUAAAUGCGAUAGAAGAUUUGCUUAAGAUAGAAUAAAAAAACAUCAGAAGGUUUGUAAAGGCAAAUAGUAUUUUGAAAAAAAAGAACACAAAGUUGAAGUUUAAAAAGCCCCAUAGACUGGAUGGAGACAAUCUCAUUAAGAAUUUAUUAAUACUAUAAAAUAUAACAGAUAAUUGAAGAAAAUAUAAGAGGAAGGAGGCGACAUUAGAUAAUUGGGACCUCCUCCUGUAUCAUCUAAUAAUAAUUAUAUUUAAUGUCCUUAUUGCCAGAGAAAGUUUGAUCCUAGUAAAGCUGAUAAACACAUUGCUAUUUGUUAGAAUGUUGUUAAUAAACCAAAAACGAUUCAAGAAAAGAAAUAGAAUCCGUAACAAAUUUAGCAACCAAUUUUAUAAUUAUAAUAAUAAUAACUGCCUUAAUAAAAUUAUAGAUAACAAUAAAAAGUAUAAUAAGCUAAUUAACAACAAUAAAAUAAUACUAAUCCAAAGUAUGGAAGAGUAUUCUAAUUAAAUGAUGAAGCUUAAUAGCCAAAAGUUCAAUUACAAUAAAUGAAUGCGUAACAAUCCAAAACCUCUUAUUAAAGAUAAUCAAUAUCAUUAUAAAAAACUCCAUAAAUUCCUUAGAAAACAACAAUUCAAUAGUCAUAAUUAUUAUCUCCAAAUUAAAGUACCAAUUAGUUCAGAAUAAGAACACCCUAAACAACUCAAAAAAUAUAGUAAGUGAAAUAAUCUCAAAAUUCCAUUAAGAUUGAGAACAAUAUAUUCCGACCUCCGACGUCUGGUAGGACAUAGGAAUUCACGAAAUCUAAUUCUUAAGUGUAAUUAAAGCCAAUUAAUUAAAAUUAGAAUAUGUUUAGAAAAUUUUGA